AUGUCAAGCUACAUGGGCUCCUCCGCACAUCAUCAAGGCGUUAAGAGUAGUGAAGGCUGCCCCACUGCAUGGAAGUUAGCCCGCUCCGCAACAGCAAAUCCUCCAUCCAAAACACAAGCCGCUUCUUCCCAUGCAGCGUGCCGAGCACGGUUCUCAGGCGACUUCCACAUAGGGAAUAAAAAUCCUGAAAAUGGAUGGAAAGGCGAUCGCGCCCUGGAAGCCCCGCAGCAGCCCGCUCAGGUCCUGCGGCGUAAGCGAAGUUGCGCGGAGAGAGCCGGCACUCGGUGCCGCUCGGCCGCGCAGCCCCGCGGACCUCUCCGCGGCGGGCGGCUGAAGGGAGCGGUGUGCAGCGCGGAUCGCCGCGCGAGGAAGCCGCCGCCGCUGUUGCUCGGCCGCCUCCCGGCGGGGCCGACUGCUGGCCCAGGCGGCCGCUGCCUGGGGGGGCUCGGGAUGCGGUGCCCGCGGCGCCCCGGAGCCCGCGCUUGUCCCGGCGGCGGCGGCAGCGGCGGAUCCGGCUCGGCUCUGCCGCGGCCGCCCGCGCCCCGCUCUGGCGCUGCCAGCCGACCCUCCCCGCGGCUGACAUCACCGCCAGGAGGAGGGGCGACACCGGGGAUGCGAAUAGCCGAGCCGAGGGGGGUUCCCCCUCCCGGAGCCGCCCUGCCUGCUCCUCGCAGAGAAUCCCCCGACAGCGGCGGCGUGGCCGCUCCGCCGCCUCGCCGGGAGGGCGGCCCCAGUCCCCGCUGGCGGCCCCCCCCCCACCCCCCGCCUCGCAGCCACGGGCCCGGCGCGGCCCGGCGGUGCUGCCCCGCCCGGGGCCGGGGAAGGCGGACCCUCAGGCCCCGGACUCGGGUCCGGAGCGGGGCGCGGCGCUUCCAGCUCGGGGGUGUGGAACAGCGCUGCGCCGGAGGGUCGCUCCUGUCCCCCUUCCUCCGCGCGCCGCCUGCACAGCGGCGGGAAGAGGAGGAUGAGCGAGCCCACCGUCGGCGCCUUCGCGCGGCCCCGGCUGGAGCAGCGCCCGUGGCCGCAGAGGCGCUCGGAGGCGCUCGCCGCCCCCAGCUCCGCCACCCGGCGCCCCGCUGCGGGGCCGCGACCUCGGCAGUGCGGCAGAUGCUCCCUUCGCCCUCCCGGCGGAGCCCGAGACGGGGAGGGAGAGGCUGCGAGCCGCCGGCGGACCCAGAUCCCGAUGCAGAGCAGCCGCGUCGCCGAGGCUCCGCGGGAACGGGCGGGGGGCGCCGGGCAGCGGCGCUGCGGCGGAACGCUCUUCCCGGGCACGGUGCCCACGCAGGGGCUCGGAGCCGGCGGUUGAGCCCAACCUUUCCCGGCGGCGGGUGUUCGGCGCUCGGGGAGGCGGCGUGGAAGUGCGGCGAACGGACGGGCUCGCGUCGGCGGGCGCUCCUCGGGGCCGGAGUGUCGGUGAGGCCGGGAGACCCGGCCAGGGGCGCCGGGAACGAGUCGCGGGAUCGCGCCGCAACCUCAGACGGGGACCAGCUGAGACGGGGCGAGGCGGGUGGGAGAGCAAGGGUGGCCUGGGGGCGGAUGCCUGUCAGCCGUCGAGCCGCAGUGUCCCUGCCGGGCCGGGUCCCGCGCGCCGUGCAGGCGCGCGCCAGCCUGCGGGUCUGCCAAGCAGGGACAGGCGGUGGGACCCCGCUCGGGAGGCGCUUCCCCGGGCGCCGCUGGCCGCGUUAG